UUGCAAUUGAAAAAUAAUGAAAUGGCAAGCACAGAUGACCAUAACCAGGAUGUUACUAAAAGUUCCAAUAAUGAGGAACAUAGGUCUGGUGAUAAUCAAUCUUCAGCAUUAACAACAGAUGGAAUUGAACCGGGACUUUCUGAAUCAGCAACUGUGGACGUUACAACAGCACAAGUAGCGCUGUGGAAGUAUGAUGUUGAAACUCCUACAGAGCAAAGAGAGAUAAGCAGAGAAUAUCAUGGAAACGAAAUACGCAUUAUUUUAAUAGGAAAAACAGGCGUUGGAAAGAGUGCAACAGCAAACACAAUAAUUGGGAAAAAUUAUUUUGAAACUUCAUUAGGACCUUUUGCAGUAUCUAAAGGGUGUGUGAUCAAACAAGCACAAGUUCAUGGAAGAAAUGUUUUGGUUGUAGAUACUCCUGGAAUUUUCGACACUGAAAGUAAUCCCCGAAUGUUAGAAAAUGAAAUUAAAAAAUGCCUUAAUGUACGUGCACCAGGUCCUCAUGCAUUUUUGUUUGUUUUGCGUUUGACAGCUAGGUACACAAUGGAAGAUAAUACUGCCCUUACAACAUAUCUCUCUUAUUUUGGGGAAGAAAUGCUGGAUCAUAUAAUUAUAGUAUUCACAUUUGGCGACGUCCUUGCAAAUCAAAGUACAACUUUAGACAAAUUCCUCGAAAGUUCACCAACAAAACUUAAGGACCUCAUGAACUUGUGUGGAGGUCGUAUCAUAGCCUUCAAUAAUACUUUGGAGAUAGGGGAAAGAGACCCACAAGUCGUGAAAUUAAUAGAACAAAUUGAAAGCUUGACAUCUGAAAAAUCAAACCUAUCGUACGAUGUUGAAAACAAUUUUGAAGAUGCCGAAAUAGAUAUACAACGACAAGAUGAAGAAUGUGAGGAAAAAUUAAGUAGAGGCUUUUCAGAAAAUAACAAAGAGUUUCACGAAAACUUUGAUUUAGAAUGUGAGAACACUUUUCAUUUUAUGCAGUGCCAGUUAAUCAAAGAAGUUUCGGACCUACAAACGAAAGAACUAGAUGAAUCCAAGAUAAUACAAGGAAGAAACCAGACUCCUGAACCGGAGAGUCUUGUUGAUGAAGAGAUUCUUAAUCAACCACCAAGUAUUACACACAUACUAAAAGACAUGAAUUCAGAGAUCACUAAAGAAGAACUAUAA